GAAGACUAUGUUAUUGUGUUAUGCAGAAUCUUUGAUGUGAAAAACCUGACAGAAGAAGCUUAAAAUCACUCUUUCCUUCUACAGAGAGCCCAUUAUGUCACUCGCGUCACUGCCGGAGAACUGUUUUCAGUGUUCAAUCUGUUUGGACGUCUUCACCGACCCCGUCUCCACACCUUGUGGUCACAACUUCUGCAGGACCUGCCUGUACCGACACUGGGACGACCAUGACUUAUGUCAAUGCCCAGUGUGCCAUAAGCGGUUCCACCCGAGGCCGGAGUUCUCCACCAACGAAGUUAUUGCGGAACUUUCCGUCCAAGUGAAGAAGAGAAGAUUGGAGAUGCACCGAGACAUGGAUGCUCCGUGGCAGGUGACGUGCGACGUGUGCACACAGUUCAAGUUCAAGGCCCUGAAGUCGUGCCUGGUGUGCUUGACGUCGUACUGCGAAGCCCACCUGGAGCCUCACCAGAGAGUCCCGUCCCUGAUGAGACACACGCUGGUGGACCCGGUGGAGGAUCUGGAAGAGAGGGUUUGUGCGAAGCAUGCGAGGAUCCUGGGCUUUUUCUGCAGGGAUGAACAGGCCUGCGUCUGUCUGCUCUGCUGUGAGACGGAGCACAGAGACCACGAGACCGUUCCUGUGGAAGAGGAAGCAGCUCAGCAGAGAGUAAAUAUAGAGUCCAAACAAGCAAAGAUCAAACUAAUGAUCGAUGACAGAAUGGAAAAGAUCAAGGAAUUUACUAAUUCUUCAGAAAUGAGCAAAGUGAAAGCAGAUAAAGAGAUUGAAGACAGCGAGAAGCUCUUCAGCACUCUGACUGACAAACUACGAGAGAUUCAAAGCAAAAUGAGGUCAAACAUUGAGGUGAAGCUCAAGAAAUCCCAGGAGAGGGGGCACGCAAUGAUUCAAGCGCUGCAGGAUGAAGUUGCAGAGCUGCAGAGGAAACACUCCCAGCUGGAGGAGCUUUCAGAGACUGAAGACCACCUUCAGCUUCUGCAGACAUUACAGGCUGUCAACACCAUGUCAGGCACCAAGGACUGGUCCAACAUCAAGGUGUACCCGGACCUGUGCAUGCAGACAGUGAGGAGAGCCAUGUCUCAUGUUAUACACGCGUUUCAAAACGAGCUGAAAAGUCUGACACAAAUAGAACUGACCAGGAUGACGCAAUACAAAGAAUCCUUCAGCUUUGACGCGUCCACCGCUGGCGCCGGCCUUGUGAUAUCGGACUGUGGGACACAUCUCAAGUACAAGAAAACAGCAAGUUCUCCCUCAUCUUCCAAUCACUCACAGAGGUUUUAUUCCCCCAUGAUCUUUGGGAGCAAGGGUUUCACCUCUGGCCGACACUUCUGGACGGUCCAAGUGGGCUUGAGAAAUGACUGGGACGUUGGUGUUGCCAUGGAAACAGUUGACAGGACAGGAAAGGUCACUGUGACAAAAGCAAAUGGAUUCUUUGCCUUGGAGAAGAUGGGAGCUGAUUAUGACGUAGAAAAUUCACACCGCAUAGUUAUCCACUUGUGUCCCCGGCCAAGAAGAGUGGGGGUUUAUUUAGACUACGAGGAAGGCAGGGUGUCAUUCUACAAUGUGGAUGAGAAGAUGCAUAUUUACUCAUAUCUGGGGGAGACUUUUACGGGGAAACUGUUCCCGUACUUUUAUCUGUACAGCAGAGCAAAGAGAUCCGAGGCUUUGGUCAUCAACUCAGUUUGGUAUCUCCUCUAACUCAUUCAGUCUCUUAAACGAGAUAAAGAAAAAUAACUGAACAUGAGCAUUAUUUAUGAGCAUCAACCCUUAAAACUAAAGCACCACUGUUCUGUGCACCCUUGGUAAAAUGCUGUGGGAAUAAUAGACAACUCCUUAUAUGGAAGUCACAGGGCCGUGUGUUUAUAGGGAGCAAGCUUCAGCUUUACAA